GCUUCAACAUAAAGCAGCUUGCUGAGAUCCGAAACAGCGGCAGUUGGUGUUGAGUCAUCGUGGAUCCCUCUGACCCCAGUGUGAACAUGACAUAUACAUCCCUCUGGUGAAGUUCAGCUGAGACUGACUUCCUUUUUGGCUGUCCAUAAACUGUGAAACAGAAGGAUGCAGAAGACUAUCCCCUGCAUUUUUGCCCAUGAGCGAUAAGAGCCCAAGAUCAUCAAUACAAGUCUGCUGCAAAGAUGAGUUCAGAGGAGAAGAGUAUAUCUCCAGCUCACAAAACAUCCACUCCAUCUCAUAGAAGUGCCUCCUCCUCAUCGUCGUCUCAGAGAGACAGGAGGCAGAGUGUUCAUAUUUUGGAGCGAAAGGCUUCUUCAGGAAGCACAGACCCUUCUUUAAGCAAGCAGUUCCUUGAAAGUGAUCAUCUCUCUCUAUCCAAGGAACCUGACAGCUGGGAAAUCAUAGAGGGUCUGAAAAUAGGCCAGACCAAUGUCCAGAAGCCAGACAAACAUGAAGGUUUCAUGCUGAAGAAGAGAAAAUGGCCAUUAAAAGGUUGGCACAAGAGGUUUUUUGUCCUGGAUAAUGGAAUGCUGAAAUAUUCAAAGUCACCAAUUGAUAUACAGAAAGGAAAGGUCCAUGGGAGCAUUGAUGUCGGUUUAUCAGUCAUGUCUAUAAAAAAAAAGGCUCGUAGGAUAGAUCUUGACACAGAAGAACAUAUCUAUCACCUAAAGGUGAAAUCACAGGAUUCGUUUGAUGCAUGGGUUUCAAAGUUGCGGCACCACCGGCUGUACCGUCAGAACGAGAUUGUGAGGUCUCCCAGGGAUGCCAGCUUCCACAUAUUCCCCUCAGCAUCUACUACAGAGUCCUCACCAGCUGCCAAUGUGUCAGAUGGAAAGGUGCAACAAAACAACUUCCCCUGGCAGCCUCCUAUACCUUGCAGUAACAGCCUUCCUGUCACCUGCACUACUGGUCAGAGUAAAGUAGCAGCCUGGUUGCAGGACUCUGAAGAGAUGGACAGAUGUGCAGAAGAUCUUGCUCAUUGUCAGUCUAACCUUGUGGAACUCAGUAAACUUCUCCAAAAUUUAGAAAUAUUACAGAGGACUCAAUCAGCACCAAAUUUCACAGACAUGCAGGCUAACUGUGUAGAUAUUUCAAAGAAAGACAAGCGGGUCACGAGACGAUGGAGAACAAAAAGUGUCAGCAAAGAUGCAAAAAUUCAACUUCAGGAAGGGCCGGCACCGAAGGGCCAGUUCAGCACAACACGACGCCGGCAGAGACUGGCAGCUGCCGUGGCUACAACAGUCCCUUUCAGUGCUACGAUGUCGCCCGUUCGAUUGCAUUCAUCCAACCCCAACCUCUGUGCAGACAUUGAGUUUCAGGCUCCCCCAAGCCAUGUGGCAGACCCUCUGGAGUGCUCUACUGAGUACAUGAAGCUUCAAGAAGAAUUCUGCUUGAUGGCACAAAAAGUGCAUUCUCUUUUGAAGUCUGCGUUUAACAGCAUAGCUAUAGAGAAGGAGAAGCUUAAACAGAUUGUUUCAGAGCAGGAUCUUACAGGCCACAAUGCUCAAAUAGCUCACCUCAGACAGUCCCUUUCUCAGGCUCUCAACCAGAAUGCUGAACUAAGGAGUCGCUUGAACAGAAUACAUUCAGAAUCUGUUAUUUGUGAUCAGGUUGUCAGUGUAAAUAUUAUCCCUAGUCCUGAUGAGACAGGUGAACAAAUUCAUGUCAGUUUGCCACUGUCUCAGCAAGUUUCUAAUGAAAGCAGGCUCUCUAUGUCUGAAUCUGUUUCAGAGUUCUUUGAUGCACAGGAGGUGCUUCUAUCUGCCAGCUCGUCAGAAAACGAGGCUUCUGAUGAUGAAUCUUAUAUCAGUGAUGUGAGUGACAAUAUAUCUGAGGACAACACCAGUGUUGCAGACAACAUUUCUCGGCAAAUUCUUAAUGGUGAGCUGACAGGAGGCGCGUUCAGAAACGGACGGAGGACUUGUCUCCCAGCUCCCAGCCCUGACACCAGUAACAUCAAUCUGUGGAAUAUUUUGAGAAAUAACAUUGGCAAAGAUCUUUCCAAAGUAUCCAUGCCAGUUGAGCUAAAUGAACCUCUGAAUACCUUGCAACAUCUUUGUGAAGAGCUGGAAUACAGUGAACUGUUGGACAAGGCUGCUGAAACAGAUGAUCCUUAUGAGCGCAUGGUUCUCAUAGCUGCCUUUGCAGCAUCAGGCUAUGCCUCUACGUACUUUAGAGCAGGAAGCAAGCCAUUUAACCCAGUGCUUGGUGAAACUUAUGAAUGUAUUAGAGAAGACAAAGGAUUUCGAUUUUUCUCAGAGCAGGUUAGCCACCAUCCUCCCAUUUCGGCCUGUCACUGUGAAUCGAAAAACUUUGUGUUUUGGCAAGAUAUCAGGUGGAAAAACAAAUUCUGGGGGAAAUCAAUGGAAAUUCUGCCUGUUGGAACCUUGAAUGUGACUCUUCCAAAGUAUGGAGAUUACUAUGUCUGGAACAAAGUCACUACUUGCAUACAUAAUAUUCUUAGUGGAAGGAGAUGGAUAGAGCACUACGGAGAGAUAACUAUCAGAAACACAAAAAGCAGUGUUUGUAUUUGUAAACUCACUUUUGUCAAGGUGAACUACUGGAAUUCCAAUGUAAAUGAGGUCCAGGGCGUUGUGAUAGAUCAAGAAGGGAAGGUGGUUCACCGCCUUUUUGGAAAGUGGCAUGAAGGCCUCUACUGUGGGGUUGCACCUUCAGCCAAGUGCAUAUGGAGGCCAGGCUCCAUGCCAACCAAUUAUGAGCGUUAUUAUGGCUUCACAAGGUUUGCUAUUGAGCUCAAUGAAUUAGAUCCUUUACUGAAAGAUCUUCUCCCUGCAACAGAUGCACGAUUCAGGCCAGAUCAAAGGCUUCUGGAGGAAGGAAAUAUAGAAGCAGCAGCAUCUGAGAAACAAAGAAUAGAGGAACUCCAGAGAGCUCGGAGGCGGUACAUGGAAGAAAACGGCAUUGAAUAUGUACCCAAGUUUUUUAAAAAAGUAAUUGACGCUAAUCAAAGAGAAGCCUGGGUUACCAAUGAAACCUACUGGGAACUGCGAAAGGAUCCUGGCUUUAGUAAAGUAGACAUUCCUGUACUCUGGUGAACUGAGAAUGUAGACCUAGUAAACAUAUCACUCUGAAGAAAAAAAAUAACUAUGCACAAUAUGUUUCUUAUAGCUAAGCGUGGUUUGUGGGUCUACGGAAAAACCAUAUCAUAUGCAUUUAUAUUCAUCUUUAUAAUGGACUUUUGGAAGUGCAUUAGACCAGGCCCCUGACCACUUCUGGAUCUUUCUAAUUUUGCAGCAGCCAUCAAAACUAAAAAAAAAAAAAAAAGAAAAAAAAGGAAACAGAAACCUUUUAAAGUUUCAUACGCUGAAAAUUCAGAAAUAAAGAAGCAGAUGAAGUAUCCAAAGUCACUCGGAAGAGGUGGUAAGCGCAAAACUGCAACCGGUGCUUUAAACAGACAUUAAGAGUAAUACAAUUUAAAGUAAAAAAAAAAAAAAAAAAAAAAGAAAAAUAGAAAAAAGUUCCAUUUUGUUUCAACUAUUUUUGUUAAAAACUCUUGGGUCACAACACUGUCAUUUCUGGCUUCAGGUUAGUCCUUUGGUGUGAUAUGCUUGGACUGGCCUUUGUCAAAAAGAUGCUUUUCUGGAAGCUGUUCCCAUUCAUAUGCCAUUGUUCAUGCCUUAACAAAAUAUGAAGAUGUACAUUAAGUAAUUUUAAAAUAUCUAUGCUUAGGCUUGUGUGAAGGGCAGAUUUUUAAAGCUCUAGAAUUUUAUCACAAUAUAAAUACUGGAAGACCUGCAUUAUUUGAAAUCAAAAGAUAACCAAACAUCUAACUGCAUUUCACAGGUAUGAGACCUACUCUACAUGCUUUAGCUUUGGGAUGCUGACUGUAUAAUCAGACUGAAAAGAAACUGCUAGCUGGUUGAAUUUGAAUUUUGGUAAAUGCAUAUGAGUUGCUAGUCAGAAAGUUCAUAUUCUAAAUGACUGAUGCGGAGAUGCAGUCAUCACAUUUAGUACUGCCUGGACAUAGAUCUCUCAGUGAAUCUCAUUUUCCCCUAACUGUUUAUACAAUUAGAAAUCCCUGAAGCUUUGCAACAGCGUUAAAAGCACAGAAGGAUUUCAUGUGAAGGUCUCUGGCUUCUCUCCAGAAGCUGGAUAGUACUGUAAAUGCAACUGUUUUCUGCCACACACUCUGUUUAUUUUCCUGGCUCUGUUUUUUCCCCAUCCACUUUUCUUAUCUAAAAUUAUGUUGGAGAGUAUGGCAGAGGCUCCCAUGUGUUAUAGCUAACAACUUCUACUUGUGUUGCCAAAACAGCUCUGGUGCAAAAUAUACUUUACAUUUUUUCAUAAAAUGGUUCUAUAUUUUUUGAUUUUAAAAAGUCUCUUAUGUGUUGCUAAGCCUCAGUUAAUAUAAGUGGGAGAAGACUUGGCACUUUCUAUUUGAAAAUCUCUGAAACAAUAAACAGUGGGAGGGCAGAUCUUAAUAAAAGUGAAACCAGUAAUUUAUUAGAUAAGAGCUACAUUCCAUAUGGUAUGAUCUAGUCUUCCAUUUGUGCAUGUGUUACACAUCCCACCACUGGUGAUGGGUUAGAUUUCAUGCACAUACUCGGUAUUCCUUUCUGCACAUACAUGACAUAUGAUUUUUCUAUUUAAGAUUCCAGUCCUGAGACCAAAAAUAAAAUUACUAGAUAGGUAUGUGAUCUGCCAGCAGAGCUGCUUGAACAGUUGUCAGUGCAUUACCACACACCCCCAGCUCUCAGCCUGCUUCUUCCUUUUUCCAAGUCAGGUCCCCAUACAACUGAGAUUACUUUGGUCAUUUCAGAUAAAUUUAGACCUCCCUGUUGAUGGUAUAGCAAAGUAACUAGCAGAGCAACUAGCUGCUAAUCAGUUCAAAUUUCUUCACACACUUCUGUUGUCAGAAAGAACUAUGAAAACCUACAGAAAAUAUUAAGUAGACUUUUUAUGAAUUGAGACUGCACAUGAAUUUUUAAUAAAAAUUUGGCAUAAAAAUCCCUAUGUAGAUUAAUGGGAUUUCUUCCAAAGAAAAUUUUAAGUUAUUCAAAGAAUGUUAUCUUUCUCUUUCCUAGUUGAACCUAGUCUGAUUUAUUCUUUAGUUCUGCAAUUGUUAUUAUAAGAAAAUUUAUUAUAAGAAAAUUUUCAUAUAUCAAAGUUGGUUUUUUAAAUAAUAUUUGGUUAAAGUCAUCCUGCUUGCUUUAACAAUAUUACAUUAGGAAUCAAAUUGGCACAUUGUGUGUAAAAUGGCAAUUAAUUAUUCUAUGUAGUUUUCUUUAAAGCCAACUCUAUUAAUAAACAUUUGCCCAUCCUUUGCUCCAGUCCUUGUGUGCAGUUCACCGUGAUAUGAGGAAGUAUUAUUUGUGUAUGACUGCAGGCAUGUCUGAGGGACAGAACUGCAUGUCCUCAAAUCUUUAAUUUAAAUACAGAAAGAAGGUCUUCAGUUUUACAGCAUUCUGGCAGUGCUCUGUGAAUGCCAUUAUUUGCAAUGCCAACUGAAACUUGGUGGACAUUAAAAAUGCUAUCACUGAAUUGUUUUUUACAAUUGUUCAUUUGACAUUCAAUGAAAGAAAAAUAACGCUAACAUUUCUAAAUUCUAGAAAAUCUGUGAAAUGCUAAAUCUUUCUAUUGAAGGCACUUUCUAACCAAAGAGGAUGUUAAAUUAGUUACUUAGUAAGUAGAAAAGACACAAAAUGAUGCAACACAAGGUAUUUGCAGUGUAUAUCAGAAAUGAAAAAGUUUAAGCAGAUGUACCAUGAAGCAGUUUCUCAUAGUGCAGAAUUCUCUGUAUUCUGUGUAAAAUCUGUUACUGCAUUUUUCCUCUAACAUUGGCAGACAUCAUGGAAUAUUUUGUGCUGUUUCUAAGGUGGAUAGAUAUGAGGGCUUCUAUCCAAAUUAUAAUUUUUAGUCAACCUGUGACAUUUCCUAGCAUUGAGUGAGAGGGUAUGGUGAGUUUUGCCCAUCCCCUGCCCGUGUAGUGCGGAACUGAGUAUCCCAUGCUGCAAGGAGAGUGCGCCACUGGCUGUUCUGCAGGCUGGCACUUUGUGUAAAUGCUGUCUGGUUUUUGGCAGGGCUGCUGCUCAGGCAUCUCUUCCUGGCAUGCAGGAUUUUCCUGCUCCGGGAGCAGAACUUUUCAUUUCUAUUGAACCUUGUGAAGUGUUUGCUGGCCCAGUCCUCAAGUUGAGCAGUGUCCUUCUAGCUGAAGCUUUGCCAUCUGGCAUGUCAUCUCCUCCUCCUAAUUUGCUGUCAUCUGUGAGCAGUUACCAUGUGUCACCGUGUCCUUGUCCAGGUCACUGGUGAGAUGUUGAUUGUCAUGGCCACAGAACUGACCCCUGCAGGGCUGUCCUCACUGCUGGCUGCCAGGGCAGAAACCAUUGAUCCCUUACAGCCUGGGAUUCAAGCAGCUUUCAGCCCCACUCACUCCAUUCAUCCAGGCAAUAUUUCCUUUUGGAAGGCAUGGAAAGUACUAUCCAACUCAGUAGAUUUAAUUGCUAUAUGUUUGGUAAGUGUUGAAAAUUAGUAUAUAUCAUUGACACAUAAAACUUUUAUUGCAAUUUAAGAAGUUCUUUUGCUUCAAAGACAUAUGCUUUUCUCCUGUGUUUUCUCAAAACACUCAUUUCUGUAUAAAAAUACACAAUACUUAUGCUUUAGUUUCACAAUAAUGAGCUGUACUUUCUAUUAAUAUUUUAAAAGUGUACCUUAAUUUCUUCCUUGUUCUAGUACUUUGGAUAUGAUAAGGUAAUAGUAGCUAUUUUCAUCAAAUGCAAUGUCUUACAAAGAUUUAAAUAGCUUCAUUCUUGUUUUAGAUUAGUAUUACCAAGAUGGCAGAGUUUUGGCAUAUUAGACAUUUAUAUCUCACAGGAAUAGAUUAUUUGAGUUGAUUUUCAUGACGUAUCACUGUGAUUAAAAAGUCAUCUAGGCACCCAUUCUAAUUUUAGACAGAUGUAAGUUGCAUGAAAUAAACUUUUUUGUAUUUGGCUUUAAAAGUGCAGUUUCCAUUAUAAUAGUAUUUUCAUCAUACAAGUAACAUUACCCUUCUUUUUUCUCCUUUUGAACUUCUGACUGAAUAAGCCUGUAUGGCACCUGUGAGGUUUAUGUGAGUGGCACAUGCCAGGCAUAUGUCAAGUACUGCAGUAUGUGAACAUGGCACAGUGUUGGAAGAUCUUAUCCUUAAUUCCCUACUGAGCACUGUCAGUGCUUUAUGGAAACAAACUACACAAACCUUAAGGCAAACUAGGAGGCAGCUCUGGGCACCUGUGAGCAGCUUGCAUCUGGGCCAUGUCCUCUGUUCCCUGUGGAGGGAAUGGGAUUUUCUCUCCUCUCACCAGUGGAGCCCAGCACAAUUGCAGUCUUACACUGAGCUUUUCCUCAAAAAAUCAGAAUUUUUAGGAAAGCCCUGGAGGAGAGGAGAGGUUCACUUGCAAUUGCACAAUAACCAAGAGGGCUGAAUAUAUCCAUUCUCUGUAUUGCAAAACUUGCUCUCACUAGUAGAGGGAAUGUUUGUGUGCUCUCCUUGUUUUACUGGAUUUUAGACAUUUUCUGGUCCAACAAUAAACAAUAGCUAUUUUACAUGUGUUGGCAGCAGUUGUAAUCUGAGGAAUGAAUGUUUGUAGAUGCCAUUAGUAGUAAUGGAGGUGCAUAAUUAAAGCAAAGGAGAUGUUUUCAGAUUAAAUCCAUCUGAAAGUGUAUUUGUACUCAUAUGCUAAAAUGUUAGGAGGGGUUAAGCUAGAGAGUUUUGCCCACUUGGGGGAAUAAGAUUAAUAUUGACAGAAGUGUAUCAGAAACACUGGAAUGGCCUCACUGGUAACCUUGUGUAAGGCACAGACCCAUGAGAAAGCUCAGGAAAUUUGCUAUGUCAUAACCACUUACCUUGGCAGCUACUGGGACUGGAAAACAUGUCCUUGUUUUUUCUUUGUCUGUCAUUAAGUAACAGUCAUCAAAACUGUGUAAAACGUAAAUUUACACUUCAGUGCAUGUAUUGAUAAUUUCAAGGUAUAUUUAGUAUAAAAAGUAGCAUCAUUUUCUACUUCAGCGUUCCUGGUUACUUUUAUGGUAAUUUGGAUACCAGUCAGUAUUUUUAUGAAGAAAGCAUGGGUUUUUUGUUUUCGUUUUCCUCUCUCUUUUUUUUUUUUUUUUUUUUUUUUAAUGGAAGAAUCUAGACUGUGUUAAUAAAGGUAUAAUUAUUCCUGGUGAGAGUAUCUCCAUAAGCUCCAUCACAACAGUGACUGGCACCCAGGAGAAUGCUGCAAAUCUGAGUAAGGUCAGAGAAAUUGCACAUUUACAGCAAUUUAUCUUAUUUUUGUAUUAUAUAUUGUAAGGAAUCUACUUACAAAAGCAAACACGUUAUUUACUUUUAAACUAGGGUAUUUAAAACCUUUAUUUAUUUGCUUUAGUAGAAAUGAUAUAGUUCUUUCAUUAAACUGAAAAGUAUCUUUAUAAAAGGAUUUUUAUACAGUUUCUUGCAAGUUUGAAAAGUAAUAUUGAUGUACUUGUGUUUUAUAUACCAGCCUCCUAUUUUGUCAAAUUUUGUGGUAUUAUAAACUUGCCAUCUCUAAUUUAAAAAAAAAAAUUACCUUUCCCUGCAAUCUUUGUUAAACCUCAGAAAAGAAAGGCAAGAGAGAGACAACAAUGCAGAAUGGUGAAACUUGUCACAGGAGCUCUGUCAGUGUGAGAUGUAACAAAGGAGAAAGUUUUCUAACUUGUAGGAAUUAAACUGUCAGCAGAGCUGCUGAAUUUGUUUUAGGCUAGUUAUCUUAAUACCAUUUUUCUUUUCACUGAUCCAUGACAGCAUGAAAAAAGGGAAGAUUGGAGACAUUUUCUCAGAAUUAAUGCUGAAGGUGAAGGGAAGUUUUUACUCCUUUCAUAAAUAAAAAAUUACUGUAGCCAGCAUUUGUCUGAAGAUGUCCUGGUAAUUUGGACGACAAAGAGAGUUACAUACUCUGAAUAUAUAAUCAGCAGUGUGUAAUAUGUUCUUUCUGACCUGUGAAUAACUCAUUGAAGUAUGGUAAAGCUACUUAUUGGUACUCCUGGAACAAUGACUCAGAUGUCUCCUGUGAAACACUAAAAUGUAUUUUCAUAUUGACUGCUAGUUUUUGUAGUCUGCAUUAGUAAAAGAGGAUAUAUAAUGUUGCUGGCCCAUUAGCAGCAACAUUAGGCAUGCAAAAUGGGAAGAGGUGAGGAAAUUCCUUCAGAAACUCAGGAAUGGGUAAAUUCUCUGAGAAUCAAAAUGAUGUUCUGCUCUGCAAGAGCAGAACACAAUGGCAAAUAUUCAGCCAGAACUGUUCUUCACUGAGCUACUUGCUUCUGGUGCCAGUCAGUGUAGCUACACAUGCAACCUCUUGUUCUGAAAUUGCAUCUCUUUUUAGGAUUGUGCUUGUGUCCCAAGGGUUGCUUUGUCAUGUCCACCAAGAAUAAUCAGUGGUUGAGUCAGGACUGCAAACUCAGAUUUCUUGUGUGGUAGUCCUGUGCUGAACAUUCUCUCUUUCUUUGUUAAAGUCACCUGAUCAAGGAAUAUUAUAGUAACAUUAACAUAGUGAAUACAAGGUUAAUCCUCAGUAUUUUCCAGGGAAAGGAAAAUUCAGGAUAUCUUCUUUAACUAUGUGGAAGAAAUGCAGAUUAUAUCUUUUAUUAUCCUUGUGUUUGCUUAAUAUUUUAUAAAAUAUUUUGAGAUUGGAUCACAAUAAAUAUAUUAAAAUUACUUUAUCCCCUAUCUUGAAGUUGACAUUGAAAAUUGUCAUUCCAAUCUGAGGUUAGAAAGUAAGUCCAUUUAGUUUUUAAAAUAAGUGCUACUUGUAUUCUUUAGUAGUUGAGAUACAGUAUAACAAAUUGAGAUCACAACAAAUUUUCUUUUCUGCUGAGUCUCACAGAAGACCUGACUGAGCAGAAAAAUAAAUACUGAUGAGUGUAUUUUGGUAUGCAGGCAAAAAUGCAAACUUCUGCCCUAGUAAGCUUUAUCUCUAAUUAGCAAAGACACUGUUCUUGUUCCUUUUUAAUAAUUUCUAAACUACUUACUUUCAAACAUUUUUUCCGCACUAAGAAUUAAUCCAAUGGAGUUUGAUUUUUACAAAGUAAACCGUGUUUGAAAUUCUGCAGAGAGGAAGGUUGGUGUUCAUGUCAUGCGAAAUGUCUGCUUCUUAGGGUGGACCACUAAAAUUUCGCUCUCAGGCCAAAAAUAUAUAUCAGUGGGCUUUUCCAGUGGGAUUCUUCUUUGCAUAUGGAUUUGUGUCUAUGUCAUUUAUUGUAAAAUAAGUAAGAAGUCAGGCUGCCAGCAUAUGAUGUCUGAAAUAUUUUUCUUCCCCAGAACUGCAUAGCAAGCUACCUGUUCUUUAUCUGUUACUGCUAGAUUGUCUAAAGGGAUACUUUAUUUAGCAUAUGAAAAGCCAUCAUAAAUGAAACUACUGUGGUGUCAAGAAAGAUUAUUAUAAUAGUUCUGUACUACUGUGAUAGUUCUGUUUGUAUAUUUUAUUUGUUGCAACCAGUAGCAAGACUCUUCUUUGGGUCUCUAUCUACUUUUCUUCAUAUAAUUAACCGGUGAUUUGUAAUUUCUCAGUAUUUCAGCAGCAAAGAAUUCUAUAUUUUCUCUCACUUUUGCACAAAGCUAAUAUAAAUUGGGAAUAAUAUCACACUUUUUUGGUGUGAUUAGAUCCCAUGUGCACAUGUAUGAAAUGUUGUAAUGUUAGUUUUUUUACUGUGCUCAUAUUCUGGGAAUGCCAUUAGAAGGGUAAGGUAUAGAUGAGUUAUUAUUUUUAUACUGCCUUAUUGAGCUUCUUUGCUUGUAACAACCUUUCAGGUGGUAGAUUGCCCUGUGCCAAUUCUUUAGCAAGCCAGAAUGUCAGAACCUAAGGAGCUGAAAGAGCAUUCUUUGCUGAUUGCCCAUAUCUAUGUGCUCAUUCUGAAAAAAAACAAGCAAAACAAACCAUAUCUGUUGAUUACUUGCAUGCCUCUUUGGGUAGCUUACCUCUAAAAGAAGAUCCUCAGAGUCUUUCUGCUGUGAUUAUGCUAUUAUGUCAGGUACACGGGCAAGCAGAAAUUUGCUUUGUGGUUUUUAAGGUGAAUUUAAAGGCAAAAUUUGCUUUUUAGAAGUAUACAGAUCCAGUGCUACUUUUGAGUAGUGGGUAGAUAGUGUCUGUUUUAAAGAGAAAUGACAGACUGUAGUGAGAAAGAGUCUGAGUUCUUAGAUGCACCAGAUAAAUUUUUUUCUGUUACUUGAAAGCAAGAGAAGAAAUUUACUUAAGGGAAAGAAAGGCAGUGAGAAGCAUUUAUGUACCAAUCUACCCAAAUGCAGCAGAAUGCAUUGUCUGAGUACUUCAGUAUUAAACCUUACAUGCAGCACUCCCAAUUUUAUACUCAAAAGUUUGCUAUGGACUUCCAUAAUGAGAUGAUGAAGAAUAGGAUACUGGAAAAAAAAUCAGUACCAUAAUUUAAAUAACUCUAAUUAAUAGAAAAUUAAUUUGCAGAUAUUUGUAGUGAAAAUUAUAUAAGCUACUUAUAGUAUAGCAAUUUUUAAAAGCACAAGUUUGGUCCUUUGUAGUACAUUCAGUAAUUUAACAUUAAAAAAUAUUUUUCAUUGUUCUUGAUUGAUUUCCUGCAAAUGUAUUCAUCCGCUCUUGACUAUUCACAAGUUUGGGAUGUCUUCAUGAUAAUUCUUUACAUCUUAUUAAUUCUGAAUCCCAAUAUGAGGUGAUUAUACCUGUAAAAGCAAUUUUAUUGCUUAUGAUUUGUAAACAUCAGGAGCUGAGGAGCAAUACAGAAAGGAUAUAAUUUGUGUAUUCUAAAUCUAUAGAGGUGUUUCACUGCAGGAGUUAAUCAGCAAUGCACAACAGAAUUUUUUCCUGCUCCAUCUGCUUGGACUCUGACAGGCAUCGAUGUGUACUUAGCAUUAACAUUGCAAACAGUUCUCAUUCACAUCAGUGUAAAAGAUGUAGAUGCUUAAGUUCAAAUAAAAACACUCUACAGUUACAUUCCUAAGAAAACAAUGUACUGGCUUACCUGGUGAGCCCAGGUUUUGUAGCGCUUGAUUUCUAAUUCCUACAUGCUGAACCAAAUGAGCGCCCACGCAGAGGCUGAGCUGCAGUUGGUACUCCGUUCCCCUUGAACCCAGUGAGCUUCCAGAUGAGUGGAUGAUCUAGCUGCCCAAAAAUAUUUCAGCUGUAGGCCUAAUGUGCAGUCAAGCCUAGGUAUUCAACUAGUUGCCCUUAAGCUUAAUUUUAAACCUGUGCGCUGUGUUGUGGAAGAUAAAAUGUGUGAAAUACAGUUGGUUUGACUGCUUACCACUCCCAGCAAUAUAUUUGACUUUCCUCUUGGAUUUUGGUAUCUUAUUCUGGAGCUUGUAGUUUAAAAACAAGUUAACUUCAUGUCUCUGCAAAGCUCAGUUAGAUAUGACAUUUGGAAUAAAGAACAGUACAUUAAAACAAUAACAAUUCAUCGUAUUAUGUCUCAUUCUGGCAAGCUUAAUUGUAAGGAUAUUUGCAAUCCCUGUUCCUGUUUCCCUAUACUUUCCCCAGGAUGGUGCCAGCCCAGAGCUGGGAGUUUUUAGCACAGUAUGCCAGUGAAAAAAAGGAGUCAAACCUUUCUGAUUUGUGGAGCAGGGGUGGCAGACAAAGAGCACGCUCUUUAUCUUAGCCCAGAAAAGGAUGAAUGUGAGAAAGUGCCUCUCUCCGUCUAGGCUUCAGCACAUACAUAGAAUUGCUUUCUUUUGGUAUUUUGAGUUCUCUGGCUACUUCUGAGAUUAAACCUAGCCAGAAAAGAGCAGUAAUAAAACAGUUUUAAGUUUCCAUGUAAUGCAGCUGCAACACUUACUCUGUGUCUUUGAACUUGUCAGUUGGUUUUGAACGUACUGUUGUAGUAAUCCAGAGAGCAGAUGGGGCCUCACACUGACUACCUCUCAUGCAAUAAAGCCCAGGCUCAUUCAGUAGUUAAUAUUGAUUACAGCUGAGCAUCCUUUGGCCACAUCAUUCAGGGAGGUGGUAGUGGGGGGAAGAGUAAACAAGAAAUAAUAACAAAGACUUUAUUCCAGUGAUGUAUGUGGUAUACACGAUACCCAUAAUACCAACUCCAACUAAAGGAGGUCCUACAGCUUCUGGUAGGAAAUAAAAAGUGAAUUUGGCUAUGCUAUAGUUUUUGUUGUGCUCUAAAAUGUAACAAAAGUUGUCAUCUGUUUCCUUCAGGCUAAGUCAGAUUUUCCAGGAUAUUGUGUCCAAAGCAUACAACACACAAUUCUAAUUUUUGAGGAAACAUGAUGCUCUUUUUACCUGUUGCAAUGUAAUUGGAUAAUGCAUGUACAAAUGACUUGUGUAGCCUGCCAAUGAAUGUUGCUAAUGCCUUACCAAAAAGAAAAAGAUAAAGCAUAUUUUUUGUAAUUUUUUUUCCUCAGAGGCAAAUCCAAACAAUGCUAGAUUUGGGAAACUGUUUACUGAAAAGCAUUUUCUAAUAGAUCUCUGAAGAAGUGCAAUUGUAUAAUUACUAUUGUUCAGUGCAUACAGUACAUUGUCUCCAUCACUCUGUACACUGCUGCUAUUAGUGCUUGUUCUAAUAAAUCUCAAUGUACACUGUUUAAA